CGCUAAGACUUUCGUUGCAUACGCAGGUUACAGAGAAAUGGGCUUAAAAUUCAAUGAUUUACUUGCUGAAGAGAAUCCUACCAUGCAAAAGGCACUUGCAAGAUUACCAGAACAAGAAUCAUAUGCUAGAAACUACAGAGUUAUCUCAGCUCAUCAAUUAGCUAUAUCUCACCAACUUUUACCACCAAGCAAAGCUAUCCAACCCGAAGAAGACACCCACUAUUUGAUUCCAUACAUUUUGGAAGCUGAAAAGGAGGCUUUUGAGAAGGCUGAAUUGGACAACAUUCAAGUAUGAUGUACUUAAAGCAUUGCAACGCAUAGCGUACCCAUGAUUCUUUUUACUGUAUUUACUGAUUUUCUAGAAUAUACAAAUCUUAGGAAGUAAUAUUC